AUGGCCGCAUCGGCGCCCAUGCUUGUCCACGUCGAGUCCCUCCAGACCGCCGUCCCGAUGCAUCAUGGCCGGGGCGGGAAGUCACUGCCCAUCGCGGUGUCCGGGCCGCCGUUCACCGCCGCGGAGCUGCAGCGCCGCUUCCGCGCCGUGCUCUACUACCGCGGCGCGGGCACUGAGGUGGAUGCCGUGGCGAGGGAGCGUGCGGCGUGGGUGAAGGAGUCACUCUGCGCGGCGCUGGUCGACCACCCGGAGAUGGCAGGGCGGCUGCGCCGCCGUGGCGACGGCAACGACGACGACGACCACGGGCGCCUCUGGGAGGUGAAGCUCAGGGACACCGGCGUGCGGCUGGUCCAGGCCUCGGUGGAGGCCACCAUGGCGGAGUUCCUGGAGGAGAGGGGCAUCGACCGGGAGAGGAAGGAGGCCGCGCUGGCGCUGUGGACCGACGUGGACGUGCACGAGUGCGCCCGUUGUUCAUACAGGUACCUGACACGAUUCUUGGACGGCGGCUACGCCCUCGGCGUCAGCUGCAGCCUGCUGCUCGCCGACCCGCUGUCCCUCAUCGGCUUCCUCAAGUCGUGGGCUCGCAAGAACACGGAGAUGCAAGCGCAAAGCAAGCACGUCGCCCACCCGGUGAUCCAGUACACACACUACAUCCAGACCCCAGGCGCCGCCAAGCGCGUCAAGUCCACUUCCACGCUGCACACUGCGACCGCCACCGCUGCCGAAGACAGCAACACGACGACCGUGCUCUUCGGGGCUCCCGACACGACGUCCGACCACCGCGCGCUCGCCGCGGCCUGCGUCGGCAUGGCCAGCAAGAGGCUCGGCGGCGCCAAGGAGCCCCCGCGGUUCACGGUUAUGGCCCGCGACAGCUCGAAAGGGCUGCACGUCCAGACCUGCGGCACGGUGGAUUACGGUGAUCGCGAGGCCUGCCAUGGGCAUGGACACGGACUCGAGGCUCGGGUCGCGCAGUGGAGCGAGGCCGGUCUCGAGGACCUGGCACUGGAGGCGAGCAAGCCCGUGCACGUGUCCUACUCCAUCUCACCGAGGGCCGACGAGGGGCUCGUGGUUGUGAUGCCUGCAGGUGGUGCCCAGCUCUUGAUCAGCGUGACAGUGCCGAAUAACAUGAAAUUUCGAAGUGCCUUGCUGUUCUAUAGUUGCAUGAUGCGUAAUCUCUUCUUCAGUGAAAAGUGCUGUGCUGUACUUUUAGAUUUUUUUAGGGCUGUGAAGAUGCGACUUGGGCCACCUCUACCUUUUUUUUAG